AUGGCCUAUAAGAAUAGUAAUGCUGCAAGCCACAUUGUCCAAAAGGUCAAUACUGUGUUGGGCAGAGGAAAACAAGUUGCCCAGGUUCUUACUAGAAAACUCCACACUACUACGACUAUCCUACUCAGAACAUUUUGCUCGACUACAUGCCUUGAAAAAAUGUCCGAUUACAUGCCUGAAGAAGUUGUAACCCGUAUCCUCGCAAGGGUACCUGCAAAGUCUCUCCUAAGAUUCAGGUGCGUAUCCAAAUCAUGGAAAUCUUUAAUCUCCAGCUCUGAUUUCAUUUCCCUGCAUACCCGUCAAGCUUUUCUCUCAGAACCCGCCGUCCCAGAUGAUAGAGUGCUUGUCAGGCACUAUUCCAAACCCCAAAGGACUGAACUUUACUCUGUACACCACGACAAUGAAGAUUUCACUGUGGCAAGUGGUGUCAAAAUAGACUUCCCUUUUCGCCGUUUAGCUCAGUUUUAUUUUAGGAUUGUGGGUUUCUCCAAUGGGUUAUUGUGUUUGUCUGAUGACAUUUUUGGAUACACAAAUGUUAUUAUGCUGUGGAACCCUUUGAUCAGGCGGAAAAUCACUCUUCCUUUGCCCCGAGCUAUUUACAAGAACUUAGGGCCCUUUAUGUUUGUGCUUGGAUUUGGAUAUGACUUGAAAAGUAAUGAUUUUAAGGUUGUAAGAAUUGCUUAUGAUCAGUCAGACAGUGGGUAUAACUUGCCUCCAAUAGUUGAAGUUUUCGCACUAAGCGCAGGUAAUUGGAGGGAGAUUGAAGUUAAUUUGCCUCAAAAUUGGAUCAUUGAGCACUUCUGGACUCAGGCAUAUGUUAAUGGAAAGGUGCAUUGGGUUGCUUAUAGGUUGAAUGUGGAGGAGUAUAGGACGGAGAAUUUGAUCAUGGCAUUUGAUUUGAGUAACGAGGUGUUUGAGGAAUUGUUGUUGCCUGAUGCUUUGGUUGUUGAGUGUACCAUAAAUUUGUGUACUUCUGUUUGCAAAGAUUCAAUUGCUGUUCUUCAUUAUGAUAAGCAUGUUGAGACUGGAUGCUGUACCAUUUGGUUGAUGCAAACAUAUGGUGAUGUAAAGUCUUGGAGCAAAAUGUACACAGUAGAUUUUGAAGGAGGACUGGGGAGGAUAUUGAGUUUUAGGAAGGAUGGUACUAUAUUGUUGACAGCAAGAGAUGGAGACUUGUAUUCAUAUGAUCCAAACCCAAGGAUUCAAGAAAUUAAGUACAUUGGAAUUCUGGGUACCAAAGAUUCAUUUUUUGUGGAUAGGUAUACAGAGAGCCUAGCUUUGCUGAUUGAUGGUGAACAAGUACUGGAAGGUCUGCCAAAUGUGGCCGAAUCUGAUUCUUCUGGAGAUGAAAAUGAAGGAGAGGAUGAUAGAGUUGAAGCCAAUGAGCUCUGGAAGCAGUCCAUGAUGGUUGAGUUUCUGAAAGCUCUGCUUGAACAAACAACAAUGAUGCAGGAUCCUUUUGUGUAAAUUCCGGCAGUUUGCUGUCUGAUUUGUCUGCUGGGGAGCUGAUGUUUGUGCGGCACUUGCUGAGAUGGGUGAAACCUUUUUGUCUUCGUUUUCACUUUCUUUGAACUGCCCUUCCCAAUCCACUUUCUUUGAUUAUCCUUUCUUUCUUUCUUUUUUGGUACCAUUUUGUUUUGAAUGAAGACUCUUGUAUGGGAGUUGAUUUUCCAAAGCAGCUGCAGUUUUGAGUAACGUAGCUUGAUUAGACUUGAUGCUUGCAUACUUAAGAGACAACUCCAGCCUUUUCAUGAAUUAGCUUAGUGGAGCUCAAGCUUGGAUUAA